UGGAGAAACAAUGUUUCCGAACGUGACUUUAACUGGAGAAACAAUGUUUCCGAACAGACACGACGGCUAGCAGAGUUAGCCGUGGUUAGCUGACUUCCUUCCGCUCUGGGGGGAAGGAAGUCGGAAUCUAUGGAAGCUGCACGUGCAGUCGCUAGUAAACAACAUGCAGUUUCUCUUGACAACAGGAGGUUGGGUUUGGGGAAAAACACGAUUUAAGGCAGAGGUUUCCAGUUCCAGCCUCGGGGCUACUGAACUAAAGCUGAAGGGGCAGUUCCUGCUCCAAUAGACUGACUGUGUGAAUAACAGACACAGGUUGGUAGUUAGAGCUGUUCAGUUGGAUCUGCUGGAAGGCGGAAUGGAAGGCAGAGACUCUUCAGUUCUGGAAUCGAGGACCAUAAGGGAGCGGGCAGGAGUCGACUGUUCCCUCCGUUAUAGUCAGACAGAAGAGGAAUGUGGAGUAUUCACUGCUUAAAUGAUUAUUCAUUUAUUGUAAUCCAAUAAUUUUCGAUUGGAGUGGUUUAUACCUUUUCAGCCCGUCAACAGGACGUCCAGCGUGCAGUGAUCUUUGUUGACAGAUGGCACCAGCGUGGAAUACUAAAAAUAAAACUGCCAGAAACAGACACUCAACAUGACGUCCUAGUCAAAGGAGGGCACAACUGCUCUCAAGUCUCGAGUUUCAGAGAUCAGAGCAUAAGACUAAGGAUUUCCACUAGGGGUCUUCAAGUCUGUUCCUCCAGGGUCCUGCAACUUGUGGACGAUUCCCUGGUGGUCCAGCACACCUGAAUCAAGCAUGCAGUCCAGUUGUCCAGAGUCCUGCUAAGGACACCGGCCCACAGGGUCUAAAUUUGAAGACCCCUGCUUAUAUGAUCAGGCUACCUGGACAGUGACAGGCUGUGGAGGUGGCACUGCUGUCAUCUGUAAAAGAACAUUUUUACGUGAAAUGAUCGCUUCAAGUACCUACAAUUCCUUUGAGUUGAUCAUGGUCCAAAUCAGCAAGAUAGAACCAAAGGCUGUUUUGAUUUAUCGACCAACUGGUCGAUAAAUCAGAUAAAAAGUUUCAUCUUUUCUUUUAGACUUUCAGGCCUUUUUAUCUUCUACAGUCAAGCUAAAUAAGAUCUUCAUCACUGGGGAUUUUAAUAUUCAUGUUGAUGACCCUACUUCUCAAGUUGCCAGCAAGUGCAGAUGCUUUAUUAACAAUGUUGUUGCUGGGGAAUUUUCUUCCUCUUUUCAUUUACAGCUCCCCCCAACGAUGACAGAAGGUUAAAACCUUACGGGGCCCGGGCCUUUCACCUGGAGGCCCCAAGGCUGUGGAUCACUUUAUCCUCGCAGCUUCGUUUUGCUGACUUUGUGGAGGUUUUUAAAAACCAACUAAAAACUUUUUUAUUUUUAUUUUCCCAGGCUUUUAUCUCUUGAUUUUGUUGUUUCUUGUGUUGGUUUCAUGUUUUUUGUAUGGUUUUGAGGUUGAUUUCUAUUGUACAGCGCUUUAGAAGUUUAUGUCUGUGAAAAGCGCUUCAUAAAGUAAACUUUACUUACUUGCUUAUUUAUAAAUUAUUACAUUUUGCCACAAGCUAGAAUGGCAAAAUGUUUUUUAUUUGUGAACAAUGGAAUAGAGAUAUCCUUUAUGGAAAUGUCUGGAAAUGGAAACUGCUGUUGCAUUUUACUGCAACAGCAGUAAAAUGAGAGGAAAUCAAAGAAGAUUCAAACAAAGAUAGAAAUAUGCAAUAUAUAAAAACAGAGUGAGGAACAAAAAUGAAAUUUCAACAUAAAUAUGCAGCUGUAAAAAAAACUAGUGUAUUCAAUCGACUUAUAAUCUAAGAUAUGUUUGUGUUAUGUGUUGAUUUGUCUCUUAUGAUGUAUUUAAAAAGUCAUAUUUUUUUUUACAUGAUGCAGAAGUUGGCAUCAGUAUUGUAGUUUGAAUUAAGGGCCUUUUCUGUUUUGAAGAAAUCUUCCCUGCCUUAGAUCAGCUCCAUUUUUAAAAUACAUCCUAGUCAAUACACAUUUGGGGUUUUGCUCAGCUAAAGACAAAUGACACAGUGUGAUUCUUGUGAAACUUUACUUGUGAAAAGCACUCAGUUUUAUUUAAGCUAUGAAAAAUUAAUAAAUCUGUUGUUAAUAGUUGUUCUGUUCAUUUUGAGUGGGUGCAGGUUCCAGGAAGCAGAUGGUUGGAUUUAUCCAGACUGUGAGGGAUCACCCAUGGAUCAGAUGACCUUUAAACACGACACUGUGCUGUCAGACGUUCACAUGCACCGGCCCAAAACACACCACCUGAUGACACGCCUCAACAGCGCCGGGCAGCCAGUGUUCAGGUCCAGAUUUAGGAUCUUGGCAGAAAGUUGUGAUGACAGUGACUCUGGGACGGAUUCAGCAAACGAAGAGAAGCACAAAAGUCCGAGGAGAGACUUAGGAACGUCUCCUGAACAGGAUGAGGAGGGAGGUAACCAGGGAAACGUGGAGACACGUUUGGAUGAGGACGGAGACCUUGACGUCACACAUCGACCACGAAAAAGCUCAGUGGAUGAAGGUGGCAGAGACUUGGUCUGCCCCAUCAUCCUCCAGCAGUCUGACCCUGACCUGGAACAAGAUGAGGACAGUGAUGAUGAUGAUGAUGAUGAUGAUGAUGAUGAUGAUGAUGAUGAUGAUGAUGAAGAGACUUAUUGUUCCAAAGAUAUACUGAUUGAACACACUAUGGCUACACCUUUAGAAGAUGUUGGCAAACAGGUCUGGCGGGGGGCCCUCCUGCUGGCUGACUUCAUCCUCUCUGAGAAAGACACGUUCAGUGGGGCCACCGUCCUGGAGCUGGGAGCAGGGACAGGCUUCACCAGCAUCGUCAUGGCGACCACAGCCAAAACAGUCUACUGCACAGACGUGGGUGAAGACCUCCUCAGGUUGUGCCACAGGAACGUGUUUCUGAAUCAACACUUGACAAAACCAGCAGGUGGGGAGGUGAAGGUAAAAGAACUCAACUGGCUUCAGCAAAGUCUUUGCACAGAUGCCGAUCUGGAGUUCAGCUGGACUGAAGAGGAAGUCGCUGAUCUUUAUGACAACACCAACUUCAUCAUUGCAGCUGAUGUUUGCUAUGACGACGAUCUGACAGACGGCCUCUUCAGGACUCUGUACCGACUCUGCAGCAGCUUUCAUUACUCCUGCACAGUUUUCAUUUCUUUAGAGAAAAGGAUGAACUUCAGUCUGCGCCACAUGGACAUUUGCUGUGAGGCCUACAAUCAUUUUAAGCACUGUCUGUCCCAGCUGCAGGACAUGGAGGACGGCCGGUGCAGAUUCAAAGUGGAACACGUUCCUUUAAACUUCUCACAGUCUCUUCUAUAUGAACGUAUUGAGCAGCUGGAGCUGUGGAAGAUCACUGCCUCUUCUCUUGAAUCGGAACCAACCCAGUCGGACUCUGACUGAGAAGAUCAGCUGCUGACAUUUCAGCUGACCACAGACUACCUGCUGGACGCUCCAAAAACCCACUCUGUUACUGAUCUGUGAAUGAACCAUUGCUGACCCUCUGGUUUGGUGGGAGGCUGUUCAGCCACAAAACAGCCUGCUUCUGUUGAGGAACGUUACGCUGGUUGAUGCUGCAGGUCGUGUGAAUCAUCAUCAGUCUGCCAGAUGUGGAGGAGGCUGAUGGAUCCUGUAUGCCUGACCAGAUUCCACCUUGUUGACAUUCCUUUACUUUCCUACAAACUUCAUGAUGAGACGUCUGUCUGCUGCUCAGAGGAACUGUUACUGAUUAUAACCUCAGAGGUUUAUUGCUCUGAAUAAGAACUAAAUAUUUCCAUGUAACAAGCAGCGGCUCUGAUUAUCAUCAUGGGACAAUCUUCACAUAUUUUAUUUAUUUUAGUUAGUUUUUAGUGCUGUGUAGUUGGUAAUAAUCCCUUUAUGCUCUUUGAUUUAACAGAAUCCCCCCCAAAAAUAAUCAGAUCUCAGUGACCUCAUUGGUGACAUCAGCUGUUGCAGUUUUUAUCAGCUGAGCUUCUCAUUCGGUUCACACAGGUCCUUUGAGAAUAGAGCUCAACUGUGUAACAAUGGGAAAUAGAAAAAUAACUGUUAAUAUUUAAAGUAAGGAGUAUUUGGGAGACUAGGAUGUUUGAAUCCAAGAAAGCUGAAAAGGAGUCAAAAGUUCUUGUUGCUUAUGGAACUCACCAUGAAGAUUUCAUUUUAAAAGAAG